AUGCGUGUACUUUUCAUACUCUUCACUUUGCUACUCCAAACAGUAAUUUGUGAAAGUUAUGCCGAUUCAUUGCGUAAUAUCGUUACCUCGAAGACAAGUCCAGUUGAUAAUAGUGAGGGUGUUGUCACAUUUAAGUCCUCUUCAUUUGGAUUAGCUGACUAUGGUAUUAGCGGUGAAGAUGUUGAAGUUCAUAGUUUUACCAGUUACAACUAUUUGAAUCUAUUAUCAACUCUCGCCUCCACUGCUUCGGAACAAGGCCAUCACGGAGACGUGGUAUACUUGUACUACAAAUUUAUUUUUGGUGGACAGCCUGAAUUAACUAGUACCGCAAGUGGAUCAGUCUUGGUCAGUUCUAUGGCAUUGGACUUGAUCGUUCCUUCCAGUGAUAGAAACGCUGCUCUCAAAACCGUUGAAUUGUUGGGUAACUCUACUAGUAUUGAUGAGAUUGUAACUUUGUAUAGCUCUACAUUACCAGGUGUCUUCUUUACUAAUUAG